CCAGUCACUUCUCAUCCCACUAAUUUAGCAGAAGGGGAGGAGAGAGAGAGAGAGAGAGAGGUGGAGAGAGCCUGGCGGUGUGUUGUGUUGGGGAACCGGGGGGACCGAGAGGCAGCGGACUGUCGGAGCUUCUGCUGCAUCUGACCUGGAAAAACGUAAAACCGCCGCCACCACCACCACCGCCGCUGCUGCUGCUGCUGCUGCUGCUGCUGCUGCUGCUGAGAAAACCUACAGCACCCAAACGCACCGGGUCGGGCGGGUUUUCCCUCCUCCAGGUGUGUGAGCAGGAAAAAAAACCGUCGAUCAUUGAUCCACCGGAGAUCUACGGAGAGGCAGCCGCAGCUGGUUAACUGCGCGUACGGAGCCACCGCCGGAGACAGACGCAGAGACGCAGGGCGGAGAGGGUCGGUUCCACUUGGGCGAUAUAUUCUAGUUAUUUUUUUUUUCUGCCCUCGGUGCCGGAGCUCGGUGUUUACGCGGCGGCUGCAGGAGGAGGAGGAGGAGGAGGACGCGCUGAAUCCGCGGAGGAUCGGCCACACGGAGCAGGUCAGAGGGAGAUUUUUUUUUUUUUUUUUUUUUUUAGUGUCGGUGUUGCGGAAAGAUCCGAGAGAGGAGUAGAGAGAAAGAGAGAGAGAGAGGUGACAGGGAGGACUAUCUACCACCGCCCACCUCCACCAAUGGGUUAGGACCGAGCUGUUCUCUCAGAGCAGCAGUGCAGAGCCUCGGUCCGUCCGCUCACACCUGCGCGCACCUGCUCUCCCCGACCUGCAGGGGUGUAUGAUGUAGGAGCCCGCUGCCCACCACCAGCACCUCUGCAUCCCGUAAACCACCCCCACCACCACCCGCCUCCACCCACCAGCGUCUCUCUGCCUCCCCCCUCCCCAACCCAGACUCCCACCAUGCCGGCGGGGAUGAAGCCGCUGGAGAAGUUCCUGAAGAAGCAGACCACGGCGCUGACCCGGGCCGGGGGCUUCGUCGGUGGGGUGGCGGACAAGGCCAGCGGGGGAACCGGGGCAUCCCGCCGGAGAGCCAGCUUGUCCCGGGUCGUACCUUUCUUCAGGGAAACGUCGCCGGAGAGCGGCCAGGCUCGCGAGGUGUUCAGCCCCGACAGUGAGGACCCCCCGUCGUGGCCCUCGGCCGCAGGGACCGGUCUGGUCACGGCGCCCAGCAGUGCCAACGGUUCCUGCUCCGGUUCCGGUUCUGGAGGAGGGGACGUCCGCAGCCCGUCCCUGUCCAGCGACGAGCAGAGCUCCGAGGCCAGCCUGAUAACAGACAGCGGAGGAGGAGGAGGAGGAGGAGGAGGAGGGACACCUCUUCAUCCCGACACACCAGAUAACUUGACGCUCGCCGUGCUGGACAGCGUGGCAGGAAGACGUUUGGGACACUGCACAGAAACGCUGCUGGAUGACUUCAUGUUGACACAUCCCAUCUUCCUGACGGCCGACAGGCUCCAGCAAGUCCUGCUGCAGCAAUUCACUCUCGAGGGAGACGGGGGAGGCAGGGAGGUGGAAAGGAGAGACGGAGGGGAGACGGAGGGAGAGCCGAAGGGAGAGAUGGACGGCGCGGAGAGGAAGCAGGCCGUGCUGAACGUGGCGUUCCGAUACCUGGACACCUACAGAGAGCUGCUGCAGGAGGAGGGAGAGCGCAGCAACAGCUUCCCCAAGGAGCUGUACAUGUGUGCGGUUCAGGAGUUGACUCGGUAUCCGGAGCUGGUGGAGGACGUCAUCAAACUGCAAAGAUGGACGGAGAUCUUACACUGCCCCUCUGAUGAAGAGAAGGAGAGCAGGAAGAAGCAAGUUCGUCCUCUGUUCAGACACUUCAGACGCAUCGACGCCUGUCUGCAGCCUAGAGAGGCCUUCAGAGGCUCCGACGAGAUCUUCUGCAGGGUCUACACCCCGGAUCAUUCCUACGUCACUAUCAGGAGUCGUCUGUCCUGUCGGGUCGGAGAGAUUCUGGCUCUGGUUAGAGAGAAACUGCAGUACAGUGAGGACCAACCAGUUCUCCCUGGAAACCUCAUACUGGUGGCCGUCACAUCAGCCGGAGAAAAAGCAGUCUUUCGUCCCAGUGAUGAGGCUGUGUUUACCACUCUGGGAGUCAACACUCACCUGUUCGCUUGUGAGCCCUCCGAGCUUGAAUCCUUGCUUCCUCUUCCGGAGGAGAUCCACUGGACCCCAGGUGACAGUAAACUACACGACAUGUCAGCAGAGGAGGUAGCCAAUCAGCUGGUGGUGUUCGACUGGGAGCUCUUCAGCUGUGUCCACGAGGUGGAGUUUGUGUGUUACGUGUUUCAUGGAGAGCAGUCCCGCUGGCGCCCCCUUAACCUGGAGCUGGUACUGCAGCGCUGCAGCGAAGUGCAGCACUGGGUCGCCACGGAGAUCCUGCAGUGCCAGUCGCUGCCGAAGAGGAUCCAGCUGCUCCGCAAGUUUAUCAAGAUCGCAGCACUCUGUAAGCAGCAGCAGGACCUGCUGUCGUUCCUCGCUGUGGUUCUGGGUCUGGAUAACCCGGCCGUCAACAGACUGCGACUCACCUGGGAGGGUCUGCCGGGGAAAUUCAGGAAGCAGUUCCAGCAGUUUGAAGGGGUUGCGGACCCAUCCAGGAACCACAAAUCCUACAGGGAUCUGAUCACAAGCCUGAGACCUCCAUUGAUCCCCUUCACACCUCUGCUGCUCAAAGACCUGACGUUUCUUCAUGAGAGCUGCAAGACGUUUCACGGCGAACUCGUCAACUUUGAGAAGAUGCACAAAGUCGCCGAGAUGGUGAGGAUCAUCAGACGAUACAGGAGCAGUCAACUAGCCAUGGAUACGGAGACGUCCCCCUCCCACCUGCAGACGAAGGCCUACGUCCGCCAGUUGCAGGUGAUCGACAACCAAAACUUACUGUUCGACAUGUCCUGCAAACUGGAGCCCAAAGACACAUAGAGGGAUGGACGAUAGGCGGGAGGAAGAAGAGGACCAGCGGACCUUCAAACCUCCUCUUCCUCCUGAAACAACAAGAGAAAAAAAACAACCAUUUAUUUUAGUUAAGGUUCAACAGACUGGACUCAAAACCUCAAAACCCAGACAGGUGACUUCUUUGUGAUCCAACCUGUCUGAGGUUAAACCUAAAUACUCCAAGUUAUCUUUAAGGCCUAAAUACUGACAAACUGUUGUCGUUUCUCUGCUGCUACAAUCGCUGCGUUUGACAAGGUCUGCAGUGCAGAUCAGGAUUUAAAUAGAAAACAAGCGCAAAUGGCGACUUACAACCUUCAUCAGUCUUCGGGUUCCUAACACACAGCCAGAGUCAGAAUACGUCACAUUUUAAUUUCUUUACAGCAGCUGAGGAUGAGGCAGGAAAUAGGAACUAUUUAAAACUACUCCCAAGACAACAAUAGUAAUAAUAGUAAUAAUAUUAAUCACUCACUCCACUACGGGUUCAGAGGACAUAUAAAGGCAAACAAUAAAUACCUCAUUAUUAAAAUAAAUAAAUGUAUAUGAAUAACUAUCUUGCCGUAACUACCAUUUAGAGCAAAUACAUGUUCUGUUAAAUACCUACAUUCGUUUAUAUAUGUACAAAAUAAAAUUAAAGCUGAAUUCAUUUCUCUUACUCCUCUGCAUUUAAAGUCUAAACUGCUAUUGCUGUGUGUUAGGAACCGCUGAUAAGUCUGAAAACACUCGAAAGCAGCUCGGCGUCCGACCUCUGACUAGACAGAGCCCGUCGGACCUCCAGCCUCUUCUUCUGCUUCCUCACUUUCUGCACUUUUUCCUUUUUUUUCCCGCCUCCUGCGGCGGUCGGCCAAUCAGAGUCCAGACAAUCUCACACCUGUGCGACACCUGCGGACAGUGCAACCCUCCCUCCUGGUGACUUUCACUCAGCUUCCUUCAGGUUGAGCCGGCAGAUAUAUCUGUGCCGGUUUAGUCCUCAGAGAUCUCGUGAAGUCUUUGAUUAAACGGCGCCGUCUGUACUGGAGACUCAUCGAUCAUAAUUCAGUCCAUACAUAUCUCCAGCAGCAAUCAAUUACGUGAUCAGAGAAUUGGAAACAUUUAAUUUGCUUCCUUCACUGGUCACUAUUGGUUUAUGUCAUUUUAUGGACUGAACACUCAAUCAGUUUACACUAAUGAUAAUAAUAAUAACAGCUGCUGCUCCGACUGUAUUCAUACAGUAUUAUUACAGCAGUGUUGUUCCUGCAGCGGCCUGCAGGGGGCAGGAUUAGCUGAAAGGAAAAGCCUUUGACUGCCAGUGAAAACAAUAAGCAGCUGAAGAUGCACAUGGAACUGGUUGGACAAACAGAACAACCUACCAGUGAACCCCCCCAGCAGCUGUCAGACUGACAGGAUCGAACACUAACCUCUGAACGAGUUCCUGCAGACGAGGACACUUUUCAUCUUUCGAAGACUUGAGGAUGCAGAGGGGAUUCUUUUCAGACAACCCACCACUUCCAGCUUUCGAAUUCAAACCACCAGCUGGCUUGAUAACCAGAGAGCUGCUGGACUGGUUUACAGAAACGUCUCAGUGAGGAGGGAAAGAGCCAUCCAGCUACUACAGUGAGGAGCUGAAAACAUACGAUGAGGACAGUAGCACUCGAGCUACAAACUGCUGCUACUCCCAGAUGGUUUAAAUCUCCGCAGCUGCGGAAACGAAAUAAACGAAUCAGUCAGGAGACUUGAAGCAGUUUUCCUGCUGGUGGAUCCAGAAUUUUAAAACUCUCAGACGAGUUUUCAUCUAUUUUUCCUUGGGAGAACACUUUUACAUGAAUUAAAGGACACAGACGACCUCAUGGACCUGAACGUGUCUUUGACCUCUGAUCUGUUCGGCUUUCCUCUGAGGUUUAAUGUGGGUGCGACGAUGCAUUCACUGACCGAUCUACGAGGAGCUCUUAAGAUGUUUUCAUGGACACGGGAUUGGACAGUCUAUAUGCUGAUGAGAGUAGAAGCUGGGUUUUCUACCAAACGAUCUCUCAGUCUGAGGACGAUUUUGUUUCCUGAACAUUGAACGUCUCACGGUGUUUAAGGAUCCAACCAGAGGGUCGGAAAACUCACGCUCACUUUAAAGGACCUGAUGGCUCUUUUUUUUGUUUGUUUGUUUUGUUUUACCUGGUUUAUUAAAAACUCUUAUGUUGGAGUAAAAAUAAUGUAUUAAAAAUGCCUGUAUGGUCCUUUUAAGUUUAAAUUAUUGAUGAUGAUCAGAAGCCGAUCACACUGAUGACAUCACAGCCAGUCAGCUGUUUGUUGGAUGACAUCACGCGCGACCCAACCUUCUUUUCUCAGUUUGGAUCUAACUGCUGUCACACCUGAAGGACCAAUCAGCUUUAAGGAAGGGCCCGCCACCCCCAACACAGCUGCCCUCCUAUUGGUCGGCUUGCGGGUCGAGGUCCGAGGCAAUAACAGGAGGAAGAGAAGCUGAUUGGUCGACUUCUCACGUCAACGAAGCACUUUUGCCAAACCUCAGGGCUCAGAGACACUGAGAGGUUUUGUUUACUAUUUCUUCUUUCAGUAUAGUUCAGUUCAGUUGUGUUUUGGAUCGAUUGGUUCUGUGUUUGUACAGCUGAUCCGUCAUAUUUACUGUAACUAUAGAAAUCUACAGAGUUGUUGUUUUUUUAAAAAUUUUUUUGCUAUGACCUCCACCAGGUCUGAGGCCGGACCCUCAGUCUGAAGUCAUUUUGUUCCCCUGGGGGCCACGUGGUGAAACUGGUUCUUCAGAAAAGCCUUUAUGCAUUAGAUUAAAUGAAAGAUUCACUUUGAAUAAUUACAUUAUUUUAAAGAUUUGCUUCUAAUCAUGAACCCUGCAGGCCUACAUAGACAAAAAACUGUUUCUGAAUAAUUAAAGGCCUGACAGAAAAGACAGAAAAUAGGGCAAAAUGACUCAAGACUGAGGUUUUGAUUUGUUUUGUUUGGGGUUUUAUUUUUUUUUUUUUGAGUGCACUGAAGAGUUUCACUCCAACAUGUAAAAUAUAUAUUUUUUUCUGCUCCUUUUCAAUCACUGGGAAAAAAAAAGACUUCUGUUUACAAGAUGUUGUCAUGUCCCGAAAAAUAUACAGACAUAAGCUAUGUUUUUAAAGUGUAAGUUUCUGAUAAUAGUCAAAAUAUCUUGAGAUAAUGCUGAAGUUUUACAAAGCUCCAUUCAGUUUUUUUGUUUGUUUUUGUGUGAUUGGAUCGAAGCUCUUCAGUCUGCGAAGAGUCUCAGAAAAGCUGUAAAUGGUCUGAAACAUGUCAUCUGGUCUCGGCUCUGGUGGCUCUGGUGAGACUUCAUCUCCAUCUGUACCAUAACAUCCUGUUUGUUAAAGCCCGGCCAGAAACAACGUGUCACACACUUCAACAUGUCCAACAUGAUCCAGCUCAGUUAUCUGGAUUCAGUCUUGUGACUCCUCACUAGACAAAUUUACAAUAAUUUGUGUUUUUGAACAACUUAAGAGUGAGUUUUUUUUUUUGUUGUUGUUUUUAUUCUGGACGGGUCAGAACCUUCAAAACCUUCAUCUUCUCCGUUUCGACAAAACCUUUGGAAGUAAAUUUUCAAAAAAAAAAAAAAAAACACAAACCUGAACGUCCCUGAAAACAAAGGCCAGAUUUUAAGUUUGGACUCCAUAAGUUCUUUUCAAAAUUUCUAAAUGCUUCAUUCUUGAGUUCAAACUUCUAAGAACUCAGAGGUUUGGUCAAAGCUCUUAACAAAAUGUUAACGUUAACUCAAGAUCAUUAAGAGUUCAGAACAAGUCUGAAUUUCCAGGAACAGAAAUCAAAGUUUCCACUUCCCACAAAAUCCCAUCAAACUCCCAAAAACACAAAAACCAAUGAGAUCACACAAAGUUUGUUGAAACACCUGCUCCUGAUCUGUGUCGGACGGUAACGUGAGCUCAUGCUAAGAGUUCAGGAUCGGAAGUAAAGGUUUUGUCAAGGCGGAGACGGCGGCGGCGGUCUACUCGGGUAUAAAGUGUGAACCCAGUGAAGAUUACUCGUAGAUCAUCUCUAGUCUAACGGUGGCUCUCUCAGGACCACUUCCUGGGUGUUGGGCGCUGUGUUAUGGGUCUGGCUGUAGUUGUGGUCAGAAGCAGAGCUCUCUCAUCUCCACCUAAACAGUUUCAGUCCCCGCUGACGCUUCUAAACCUCAGGCCUGAAGCAGACCUUCAGCUUUUGUGGCUCAGUCUCAGCUUCUGCCUGACGUUCUGCUGGAUCCAUAACUCUGGGAGACGGGCGGCCUCUUGGGUCAAGGCCGUCCGCCGCAUCGCCCGUCUGAAAACACUGAAAAGUUGUGUACAUACUGCAACCCUGUAAAUAGGCAAAUACUAACGGAGACUCUAUUUUAUGUAUGAGAGGGAGAGAGCGGCGCUAACUCAAGGAGAAACAUUUGAUUUGGUGUUUUUAUUUGUGAAAGUGACAGAACGCGAACGAGAGGAUGAGUUUAUGAAUUGUACAGUUAAAUCUCUUUAAGUUUAUUGGUUCUGUUUUCUAUCUGAAGCUUGGGGUUCUUUAUGUUCAGUUUUUUCUUUUGUACAGAAGUGGUUGUUUACAUCGAUAAAAUCCUUAUUUCUGUGAACGUCAGACAGAUGACGUGUUCGGAGCAGUCGGGUCUGAAGGGGGCGGGGCCUGCGUAAUUGGCGCGUAUCACAAAAUACUCAAAAUAUUAGAAUAAAAUAUAGAUGUUUGACACUACGUGUGGAGAAUCAGUCACAAAGUAAGGGAAAGAAAAUAAGACAUUUAAAAAUUAGUAUAAUAAAUGAUAAAAAAAUUGACUUUUUUUCAGAUAAAAUUUGACUUUUUUUUCCAGAUAAAAUUACUUAAUUUAAAAAUGUUGUAGUGAAGUAAAGUCACUGUAUUAAUAUUCAUUGGUGAGAAAAAAGUGAAUUUUUCAGUGCAAUAAUUGGCUGUAGAUUUAAAUAAAUUAUUAUUAUUUUUUUAAAUAAAGUUUUAGGAUUAAAAGGAAAACCUAAUUCAAAGAACCUUUGUAAAAUUAUCCUUUUAUUUAAGAAAACUUAAAAGAUCCUCUAGACAUUUAGAAUCUUUAAAGGCUUAAAAUGUUGCUGAUGGAAAGUUAUCGAUUACACUGAAUCAGAAUUGCUCGAUCCCGCCUCCUGCAGACUGUUGCUCCCUCUGCUGUCACACUACACACACUGAAAUAAAACCUCUGGACAACA